AUGGAUACUUGUGUGCCUAAAAUACCGUUACAUAUCAAAAAGAAAGGAACGUCUAUUCUGAAAAAAGAUUAUAAUAAUGAUACUUCCUUACUACGUUCCAUUAAAAUUGCUCGACCCCUUAAAGAAGAUAUAAUAUAUCGAUCGCAAAAAGGUGAUUUCAUGAAAGGGGAAUACCCUAACCUGACGAUCGUGAAUAAAUUAGAUUUACUUACUAACAGCAGUCGUACAACCGCUCAGUAUUCUAGUGAAAUAUUGGGGAAUAUUGAACGAACAUCUGAUGAUAUUACGAAAUUAAUUGGUCAAAAGAAUUAUGAUAUUGUAUUUUCUGCGUUAUGUUCUGUUAUUAGUCAGGAACUUCGUAUACAAGGUAUCUUAGCUUUACUGACAGUGCCCAAAAGGACUAAGAAUAUUUCUUGUCAAUAUCAAACUGCUUUUGUAAAUCCUGAUAAUGAAGUGAUCUCUGAAAAAGUAAUUGAUAAUCUAAAACCUGAAAGAGUAAUUGAUAGUAAAAAGUCUAAUGUCACAUCAGUAUCAAGCCAAACAGAUGAGACUUGUUCAGUCUUAUUACAGCGACUUAAAUCAAGAAAAAAAUUAAGGAAACCAGUAUUGGGACCCUAUGUUGUGAAGGAUUCAAAGUCUACAGGAAAUGUUAAGAAAGUUGUAAUAGAUCCCCAACACUUUGAGGCUACGAAAGAGUUAAUUAAACGUAGUGAAGAAUUUUUUAAAACUGAAAGUCAACAUUACAAAAAAAAUCCUGUAGAUAUUGAACAGAAAUUCAAGGUAGACAGAAUAUUUUUAAAUAAGAAUAGUACUUCAAGUGAAAAUCAUCAUUCACAAUUUAAGGAGCCCUAUAUACAAAGUGAAACUACUGGCAACCAGUUUGCAAGUAAUACACUAAAUGAAAGUAAUAUUAAAAUUGAAAGUUUUAGUUGUGGUAAUGAAACAACUUUUCCAGACUUAAGGGAAAUUGUGGACGAGGACAGUAAUAUAUCAGAAUUAAGUUAUGGUAAUAUUUCCAUAACCAGUUCCAGUAUACCAAAUUUACUAGUUGAGAACCCUACUGCUUUACUAAAUGACAUAGAUAAACAUACUCAGGAACCUACAUUUUUGGAAUCCACAUCUCUCACAAUGUUAGAUGGUAGUCAAGUUAAAAUAAAAGGCAAGCCGGAAGAUCAAUUUCAUAUUGCUACAUCAGAUAUCCUAAAAUAUUUAAAUCCCGAAGAACAGAGCAAAUUGUUGUGGAAUCAGGCAUAUAUUGAUUGGAAACACUGUUUAAAUAGUGAUGAGGACGGUAAUUUACCUAUUCAUUUGGCAGUAUUGAAUAAUGACGUUGAAUUGCUGAGAAGGCAGUGCGUAGUGUUGAAAAGCAGAAAUGAGUCUAUUGAUUUAAUGGGCCAUGGUAAUUUGACAGCCUUACAGAUGUCCAUAUUUCAAGACACUUCAUCUUGCACCGAUGUGCUUCUGCAGCAUGGCGCUAAUCCAUUACUGACUGACGAUGAGCAGAGAACAACGGUACACCUUGCCGCCGAAGUUUCCUCUGAUCACUUAAAAGUGGUGAUCAGUUACUGUCAGAGGAACGCCCGGUAUAUUCUUCAGGACAAUGAUUUGUGGAAACCGGAAUUAGAAACAACAUCAGACGAAGAGAUCGCAAAGUAUCUCUUGUCAAAAAUCUGCAGAAUGUAUGAUAAUCAAGGUUAUACCCCGCUAAUACUUGCCAGUAAGUUAGGCAACUAUACCAACGUAAACAUUCUGUUGGAUGCGGAUCCUACUACCGUUAAUUUUCCUAUGCCUAACUGUGGCAACACUGCGUUAUACGUACUGGUCGCCGCAGCUUGCUUGGAUUACCUUGCUGCUGGGAGAGACAGGUCCAAAGUAGGUGAACAUUUCUUAAAAACUGCAGAAAUUUUAGUAAAAUUUGGCGCGGAUCCAUCUUAUGAAAAUAAUUCCUCAAGCAGUGUAAAUCAUCUACUCAAUGAAUUUACUAUACCUAACCUCUCCGUGAUUAUUGCAAAUACAAUUGUCUCAGUAAAAUAUUCUGAUCAAAACACGAAAUUUAAGAAAGAUUUCAGCGCUUUUAUGCUGGUCAAAGACGACGACGGUAAAGUGAAUCUUAAGGAAAUGAAACCAGAAAAAACACAAGAGAAAUUCAAAGACAGUGAGAAAUCAUUGCCAAAAAUAAUUAAUGAUUGUAAUGUUGCAACUAGCUUAAAGCCAAAAUGCGAAGCCGCUGGCACGUUUGAAAAAAUAAAUAUAGAAACAACAAAAAGCCCUUCGGAUAUUCGUAUCUAUCCUGAGAAAAUCGUAAAACAAAUGAAAGUCUUACCAACGAAAGUAGAUUUAACGACAAAACAAUCUCAAGAUCCAAUAAGGAUUGUGUCUGUUGUAAGUGGGAGCAGUUGGAGAAAUACAAAUUCUAGAGACAAGCAGAAACCUAAAAUCAUUCUUCAAAAACCUAAAGGCAUACCUAAAGUAAUUAGAGUAACGAAGUGUGAUUUAAAUAAUGGAGGAAGUAUUACAAGCUCAAACUUUCCAUCUACUAUAUUACUAACAUCUGACCAAACCAAAACAAUCAAAAGAACCUCUCUUGAAUCUAGAGAACAUACAAGGGGUGUACCGAUUAAGAAACAAAAAAGAGACAAUGUCAAUCAAUAA